AUGGAGCUGAGUACGUUCUUGGCCGAGAUAUAUCCGGAUCUAUUCGUAUUGACUCGUCCUAGCUUAGACGCACAACACCUGUUGUGGAAACUCCACAAAGGGUAUGAAUUGCACCCUGCUAUACCGAUAACCAAAGACAUGAAAAUCGCCGAUCUUGGAACGGGAACGGCGAUUUGGAUAUUAGAUCUAGCGAGACAAGUGCCCUCUUCCGUUCAGCUUCACGGAUUUGACAUAUCCGGUGACCAAUUUCCACUGAAAGAGCUAUGGCCCCAGAAUGUGACCUUGUGCUUACUAAAUUUCCUUUCUGAGCCACCUGAAGCAUUUUCUGGGCAGUAUGAUGUUGUGCAUCUGCGAAUGUGGGCAAGCAAUUUGCGCGAAAGCGACACAUCGUCGUUAGUCAACCAUGUUAAGAAUCUGCUCAAGCCUGGAGGUUACUUGCAAUGGGAAGAUGCCAACUUAGUCCAUCAGCGUGUUCAAGGCGCCACGGGGUUAGCGUUCGAGCAACGCAUGAAUCAUAUAUUUGAAAGAGCUGGGAUAGAUUAUAUCUGGGUAUCUGAUCUACCUAACCGCCUGCACCAAGACGGCUUCACCGUUCACGAUGCGGACUCAUGCUGCUUUGAACCUCACCUCAUGCAGCUGUGUACGAACACUUACUUGAUGGCCAUCCAGGAAAUUCUUCAUGGUAUCAAGAGAGCAUACCCAGAGAGCCUGUCUCUAUUUAUCACCGAGCAAGAGCUGGCUCUUUCCGAUAUGACCAGAAAAAAAGCAGAAGGCAUCAUCUACAACUGGUCGCCUGUUUCGCUGCUAGCCCAAAUUCAACCAAGGCACGUCACAGUUUGUGAUUCUGGAGAUGGUGAUUAA